AGGAGAGAGCAGAGGAAGGGGCAUCAUUAUUGGGGAAGGAGGCAGCAAAGCAAGCGCGACAUGCCCAUCUCAUGAUCGACAUCGACUGGCCCCUUUCCCUGACACCCACUUCUCAUCAUUUGAGCUCCCUCUCUCCUCUCUCCCUCUCUCCUUCUCUCUCUAUUUAAUCCCCCAAAGCUCUCCUUCACGCCAUCCACACCCUUCUCUCUCUCCGUUCCCUUCUCUCUCUCUCUCUCUCUCUCUAGACAAAGUGGGCAUUCAAAGCUCUGUGCUUUCCACCGAAAGGACUCCAGCAGAAAGGACUCGUCGUCAUGGGCGAGAGAGAUGAUCUGGGCUUGAGCUUGAGCCUGAGCUUCCCUCAGGGUCACCUGCAUCAGCAGCAGCAGCAGCAGCAGCAGCGGCAGUCCCUGCAGCUGAACCUCAUGCCCUCCUUGGUCCCGUCCUCUGCUUCGUCUGCUCAAUCUGGGUUCAAUCUUCAGAAGCGCUCCUGCAACGACGCCUUCCCUUCUUCUUCAGAUCGGAACUCCGAGGCGCGAUCGUUCCUCCGGGGGAUCGACGUGAACAGAGAGCCGUCGGCGGGGGCGGCGGCGGACUACGGCGAGGACGAGGCCGGGGUGUCGUCGCCGAACAGCAUGGCGUCGACGGUGAGCGGGAAGCGGAGCGAGAGGGAUCACCAGAGCCAGACCAACGGCGACGACCUCGACAACGAGAGGGCGUCCUCCCGCGGCGGCGGCAGCGACGAGGAGGACGGCGACAUGUCGAGGAAGAAGCUCCGGCUGUCGAAGGACCAGUCCGCCGUCCUCGAGGAGAGCUUCAAAGAGCACAACACCCUCAAUCCUUGGGUGCGUUUCAUGCAGAAGCAAAAGCUGGCACUGGCGAAGCAGCUGGGGCUGCGGCCCAGACAAGUGGAGGUCUGGUUCCAGAACAGGCGAGCCAGGACGAAGCUGAAGCAGACGGAGGUGGAUUGCGAGUACCUGAAGCGGUGCUGCGAGAGCCUGACGGAGGAGAACCGGCGGCUGCAGAAGGAGGUGCAGGAGCUGCGGGCGCUCAAGCUCUCCCCGCAGUUCUACAUGCACCUCUCCCCUCCCACCACCCUCACCAUGUGCCCCUCCUGCGAGCGCGUCGCCGCCCCGUCUCCCCCUCCGCCGUCGGCCGCCCCCUCGCCGCCGUCCCGGCCCACCCCCGCCCCGUGCCCCUCAUCAACCCAUGGGCCCCUGCGGCCGCCCCACUGGCCCACGCCCCGUUCGACGCCCUCCGCUCCUGUUCGUGAGCGUGGAGGGGCCGUCGGGGUUGGGUUCGGGGUCAUGGGCAUUUUGGUCAUUUUACGCGGGACGGUGUCCGGAUCGAAGGAGUUGGAGAAAUUGUACAAAUUCUGGAGUAGCGUUUUGGUCUCUAAGGAUAUGGUUUGUCGGAAAAUGAGAUUUUGGAGGGUCUACAAUGUUUUGUACCGUGACCCAUCAUCUUUUCCCUGAAAGUUUAGGAUUUGGGACAAAGACGUCAAAAAAUUUGUAAAAUCCGAUGUUCCAUUAAUUUUUACUAACCUAUGAUUGGUGGCCUGAUUUGACAUUUGAGAGACGUGAUGAAGAUGAUGACGUGGGUUUA